AUGCGUGUUCCCCGAGAAACGGGCUUGGGAAAGGUCUCGGAAACGAGGUGGGAAUUCAAUGCUGACGGUGAAACGGUAUCUAACUGGUCGGUUCUAGCGCGAUCACCUGAGAAUUAUGAGGAUGUAUCACCUGGGGAUGUUGGAAGGAUGACGGCGACAUCGCCAGACCCUGGUCAUGGCCAGGGUGCUCACUAUCGUCGUGCGAGCGUUUUGAGCAACCCGACCCCGGAGGCGAACUAUCACUCGCCUGAAUUGCAAUCUGGGUGGUCUUAUCCGAAUGGUAUAUCGCCGUCUAAUCAUGGCUCUUUGGAUCGCAAUGGAGUUGCUCAGCCCUCGCAGGCGAAUCCGUCUCCUUCUCAUGCAUUCGAAAAUACAAAGCAUAGGUCCAAUUCUUCGCUCUCCAACUCGAUGAUGCGCACUGUGGUUGCAAGUGGGAAUGAUGCACUGAAUAUUCUUUUUGAGGCUGCAACUGCGCAGGAAGAUAGUAAUACGGAUAAUACUCCUGAAUCUAUCAAUGGGGCUCCAUCGACGGGUCCAAGUCAUGUUUUAACCCCGGGGAAGUACGAUGCUGCAUUUGAGCCAGUCACGCGUGUCAUACGUCCUGUUCAGCUAUCGAACGCUGCUCAAGAUACUCUCAAUAUAUGGGAGGCAUGUCGGUUUGUCAAAAUGGGUUGGUUCACUGCUAGGGAGGCAGUCACCUUCGUGGACCUGUUCUACAAAAACAUGUCGUGUUUAUCACCAAUCCUAACUGAUUUCUAUGCCAAUCAUCGCUAUCAUUAUUGGCUUAUCACCCGAGAACCUGUCCUUUGCUGCACUAUUCUCAUGAUAUCUUCACGCUAUCACGUCCUUCCAGGGGCAGGCGGAGAGUCAAGAAACUUCUUCAUUCACCACCGUCUCUGGCAAUAUUGUCAACAACUAACCAUGAGACUGAUAUUCGGACAAGAAAAAUCUACCAAGUCCAAAGUCCGAAGCCUCGGUACAGUAGAGGCACUUCUAUUGAUCUCAGAAUGGCAUCCUCGCUCAUUACAUUUCCCACCCGAGAGCGAUGGCUGGGAUGACGAUUUGAUACCCUCGGCACCAAGACACCAUGAAGGCGGCGAAUCAAAUCCAGCAUCUGCUAAUAACUGGGUGGAAGAUAUGAUCGAGCCCGCUCGACGGUCGGACCAAAUGUCCUGGAUGUUACUUGGGUGCGCUCUGUCUCUCGCCCAUGAGCUAGGGAUCUUUGAAACGGAAGAGAGCAGCUCACCGGCAGAAGAGCCAGAAUGGCGAGAUCAAAUGACACUUCGCUGGCAGCGUGUUCAACGUCUUCUGUACGUGUACAUCAACCAGCUAGCCUGGCGGAUUGGAUGCAUGUCACCGAUUCCUCAAUCAUUGAAUCAUGCCAUUCUGGGCGGACGCAAACCGCAAGGACUCAGUCCUCCUGGUAGCACUUGGCUUACGUUCAUGGACUCGUGGAUCGAGCUGACCAAGCUUGCCAAAUCCGUGACAGACAUGUUCUUCCCUUCUGCUGCAUUCGCACGUCAGCAACUUCAUAGCGGUCGCUAUGUAGGACUACUAGAUCAUUUCCGACCUCUACUCGACCAGUGGAAAGACAAAUACCUCCAGCCACAGGUACUUGACAAGGCAUUUUAUAAUGAUCUUUUCAUCGAAUACCACUUCGUCCGCGUCUACACCCAUUCAGUGGGCAUGCAAGCAGUGGUUGAACGCGCCGUCGCAGAAAACGACACAAACAACUUCGACGAAGUCCGACCAAUGACCAUCAAUCCAACAGACUACGAAUACAUCCAAGAAGUCAUCGACGGAUGCUGUCAAAUCCUCCAAAAAGUAACACACCUAGCAGACGCAGACGCACUACGAUUCUCACCAGUCCGCAUCGUCCUCCGCAUAACAAGCGCCUCAAUCUUCCUCAUGAAAGCACUCAGUCUCGGCACCCGACAGGCAAAACUCCAGGAUUCUCUCGAGAUCCUCGAAAAGAGCAUCAAAGCACUCAAAUCAAAUGCACUGGAUGACGUCCAUCUCAGUACUCGCUACGCAACACUCUUAGACAUGCACGUGUCGCGGCUGCGUCGGAACCUCCUAGCUUCUUCUAGGGCUGUUCGGAAUAGUCGCGGUGCUAGGAGAUCAUCCAUGGGGCCUCCUUCCUGGCCUGAGAAUGGCAAUCGCCCACACCCAGUCAAUAACCCCGUAUCACAGGAUCUGACGCCGGAUCUGGGACUCAUUCCGUCUUUGAAUGAUAUCAGUGCAGACGACUGGCUUUCUUUGCCAUUUGAUCCGUCCAUGGCGCCUUUCGGGAUGAGCAAUACUGGGCAGUUUCCCAUGUAUGAGGGUGGUGCGUUGGAUUUUAUCUGGAACCUGCCGUCAUGA